AUGAAGUUUUGGUUUUACAAUAUUAUAUUUUUAGUUUUUAUGUUAAAAUUUUCGAAAUGCUUGGCAUGGUUUAACGACAAAAAUAAGUCCAGGCUAUGUUUAACUACGUUGUAUAAGAAUAAUAUAUUAAUAAAAAAAAAAAAAAUUUUUUUUUUUAAUAUUUCCCCACAUUCAAGUCUACAAUUAAAAAAAUAUGAAUUUGUACAUAAAAACAUGCAUGUAAAUUCCAAGAAUAUGCUAAACAAAAAUAAUCUUUUAAAAAAUAUAUCCUUUUUAAAUUUUAAAAAAUGUACAUACAAAAAUUGGGAUACAAAUUUUUUCGUAUUAUUCGUUCGUGGAUGCACUAAUGUAAAACCCAAAACAAAUAAAUCGAUUGCAAAAAGGUUUAAAAUAACAAAAAAUGGAAAAUUAAUAAGAAAAAAAUGUGGUGGAAGUCAUAUGCUUAGAAAAAGAACUUCAUCAAAUAGAACAGCCCUUAGAAAAAAAACAGUUAUAGCUUCGAAUAAAAUAGUCAAAAAAUACAAAAGUGUAAUUUUUAAGUAA